ACUCGGUACUGCAGACAUUUUCCAUGCUCGGUAAAGUAGACGUGGCAAUGACGUCAAUGCCGGAAAUGACCCGGAUCGGAACUUUAACUCCUGGUUAUACUAGUCUUCACCAGAAACAUCGAGGGGUCUGAUAAUAUGUUGCGAUACCGAUUCAGACAUGAAUGAUAACCACCUUUCGAUGUGAAUUUGUCCGUACACCGGGAGGUCUUAGUAUUUAUCAAUCAGACAGACCCCAGGAGGAGGAACCGGCUGCCCAGGUGGUGUUUGAUCUAUAGCGGGCAGGUGACUCAUUAUCAGCGGCAACAUGACGUGCCGUGACCGGACACUCGAGUUCCAGUCAGCGUGUAAAUCUCUCCAGGGCAGACAGAAUGGAGUCCAGCCCAGUAAACCGGCGCUCAGUGCCCUCAGGCAGCGCAGUGACUUUACAGUUAUGGCCAAGAGAAUUGGGAAAGACUUGAGCAAUACAUUUGCCAAACUGGAAAAGCUCACAAUUUUGGCAAAACGAAAAUCUCUGUUUGAUGACAAGGCGGUAGAAAUCGAGGAGCUGACAUACAUCAUUAAGCAGGACAUUAAUAGUCUAAACAAACAGAUAGCACAGCUGCAGGACUUGGUGAGGUCCCGUGGAGCUCCAGGUGGCCGACACAUUCAGACCCACUCAAACACUAUAGUGGUGUCAUUACAGUCCAAGCUGGCAUCGAUGUCCAAUGACUUCAAAUCAGUCCUAGAAGUCAGAACAGAGAACCUGAAGCAGCAGCGCAGCAGGAGAGAACAGUUCUCCCAACCUCCGGCGGCGUCUUCUCCGCUCAUGGCCAACAACUUCAAUGGCUCGGUCCUGAUGCAGGAAGAGUCCCGGAGCCGCGGGGAUGUGGCUAUCGAUAUGGACUCUCCAUCAAAUCCUUUGCAGCUUCAGCUUAUUGAUGAGCAGGACUCAUACAUCCAGAGCCGUGCAGAUACCAUGCAAAACAUCGAGAGCACCAUCGUGGAACUGGGUUCCAUAUUUCAGCAGCUGGCGCACAUGGUCAAGGAGCAAGAGGAGACCAUCCAGAGGAUCGAUGCUAACGUGGAGGACACCCAGCUGAACGUGGAGGCUGCCCACACAGAGAUCCUCAAAUACUUCCAGUCGGUCUCCUCCAACCGCUGGCUGAUGAUCAAGAUCUUUCUGGUCCUCGUGGUCUUCUUCAUCAUCUUUGUCGUCUUCUUUGCUUAAAGGAAUGAGGAGCGGGGAAACCGUAUCGAAUGAGGAAAAAUAAAAUUAAAGCUAGACUAAGAGGACAUAUUUCGAUACUCUUCUAUCACGGUUUCAUGGAGGCUUUUGGGAUGCACUCGAAUACGGACCUGUCGUUUUGUCCCAAGCCACAAACUUUUCAGUCUUAAUUUGACUCUUCAGUGGAGAAUGAAGAUGUUGAACUCUCGAAUAAAACAAAUAAAUGAUCUUUAAAUCCCCACUUUAAGAGCAGAAAGCUGUUCUGUAGUCUACUGACCAACUAUUCGUAAACAUUUAAUCAAAAUGGCUCUAAUUUAAUGGUUUGAUUCUGCAAACUGUCUUAUUGUUGUUUUCUUGUUUACCCUCUUUUACCACACGUCAUCCUUUAUAUUAAGUAUUUCAAAGCCAAACUUUAGAACUGGACUUGAUCCUCAGAUUAUUUUGCUUCAUAGUUUACCUGCUUUUUACUGGAACCACAUGACUGUCUCAUUUAUCAGCAAUUCUUAACCUUCUACCAUCCAACACUGAUGUGGAUUUUUUUUUUUUUUUAAUAAUCUAGUUAUUUGCUGUUUUGUUUCAUUUGCCAAAUUGGUACUGUUGUUGAGCUGUGACACAAUACAAGGAAACUCGCUGUGGCA